AUGAUGUGGGCUCACAUACUCCUCGCGUCAUGUGCGAUCGCGCUCACCAGCGCCGAAGUGCAACAGCCUGUCGUGAAGUCGCAGGCAGGGAUAUUCCAUGGCCGUUAUCUUCCUGAGUUUGAACAGGACCUCUACCUGGGUAUCAAGUAUGCGCCUCAGCCCGUGCGCUUCACUCCUGCCGAGCUGAGCAAGGACACACCGAAGACCCACUACAAUGCGACCCAGUAUGGUCUUGAUUGCACAGGCUAUGGCUCUGACACAACGAGACUGGUCAAAGAAGGUUGGACGAAACUCGGGGAAGACUGUCUGCACCUCAAUAUCAUUAAGCCCCGAACGAAGCAGAAGGACUUACCAGUCCUGCUGUGGAUUUACGGGGGAGGAUGGCAGCAAGGUGCCACCAGUGAUCCACGGUACAACAUGAGCUACGUGGUUGAGCAAUCGAUACUGAACAACAAACCCGUGAUCGGCAUCUCCAUCAACUACCGUCUGGCCGCAUUUGGCUUCAUCUCGAGCGAUGAGGUCAACAAAGCGGGCGCGCAAAAUUUGGGACUUCGCGACCAGCGUCUUGCGUUGCAAUGGGUCAAUAAGCACAUCUCCUCGUUCGGAGGUGACAAAACGAAGGUGACGAUCUGGGGCGAGAGUGCAGGAGCAUACUCUGUCGGCGACCAUAUUAUUGCUUACGAUGGCAAGAAUGACGGUCUCUUUCGAGCUGCUAUCCUUGAAAGUGGCGGCCCUGCAGGUUCACCGCUGAACGGAACUGAUUGGUACCAAGGCAUGUACAAGAAUCUCACGGCCUCGGUCGGCUGCGCAAACUCGACGAACACUCUACAGUGCCUGCGCACAGUACCGUAUGACCAGAUCGCACCCUACGGGUACGUCGGUCUGGAAUGGUUCCAUGUCAUCGAUGGCUCGUUCAUUCCGCGCUAUGGUCAAGAGUCGCUGUUAAGUGGCAAGUUUGCAAAGAUACCGCUGAUUCUGGGCACCAACACCGAUGAAGGCUUCGGGGUCAAUGGUGUAAACACAGAUGACCAGGCUAUCGAGCAGAUGCUAACAAGCAAACGAUGGAACAUAAACGAGGAACAAGCGCGACGUAUCCUUGAAUUGUACCCAAACGAUCCAGCCGUAGGCCUACCGUACGGCUGGGGUAACAGAACGUGGCCGCAGUACGGACUGCAGUACAAACGCUACCAGAGCAUCGCAAGCGACCUGGUAAUGUAUGCGCCAAGAAGAUUAUUAGCCGAGAAGAUGAGUGAUCACGUGGAGAAUGUGUACUCUUACAGGUGGGAUGCGCCGAAGUUUAACACCACACCAACCGCAAUCGGCGUCAAUCACUUCUCUGAGAUUCCAUUCGUCUUUGGCAACACUGAGCAGCAGAUUACACCGCUAGGCAAUAGUACUGCCAAUUUGAAGCUUUCAAAUCUUGUCAUUCGGAUGUGGACAUCGUUCGCAUAUGACCUGAAUCCAAAUGGGCACGGCGUUUCCGAAAUCGACGUCUGGCCGCAAUAUAGGAACAGCACAUCGAACUUUGUCUUCAGAGCCGACGAGAGCUACAUUGAGAAGGAUAUUGACAGAGCUGAGGGUGUAGCAUUCAUCAACACUAUUGUUAGAUAG